AUGGCAGCAGUCGACCCAGGGUUGACUGGCACGAAUCCUUUGCCUGUUGAAGGCUUUUUCUACAUGCCUCACUUUCUGUCGCCAGAGCAGGUGGCAGCUCUUCAGGUUGCGGUAGAGGCCGGACCAAGGUGCGACGAAACGAUCUCUACGGGGAGGCCACUGGCUGCAACGCCCGGGGUGCACUGGCAUGGCUUUCCGCGGCCGCAUAGCCGGACAGACCAUGAAAUCUCCAACAUUGCCGAUGUUUGUGGGCCGGCGCUGCUGCAACUUCGCGAAAGAGGCAUCUUGCCGCCGGGAUACAGCUUUGACCAGGCGAUCGUGAAUUUCUACCCAGAAGGCAGCGAGGGCAUCGCUAUGCACGUCGAUAGGGCCAACUUCGAUGAAUAUAUCGUUGGCUUCAGUCUGGGUGCUCCGGUUGUGAUGGACCUGGCGCCGCUGGAUUUGCGGGAAUGCGCGCCUGCGAAACCAGACCAGGUGGAUGACGAGAUCGAGAGCCUUGAGGGUCCUGAUCAGAGUCAGCGAGCCAGCCACGAAGUGUUGCUCGAG